UGGUAACCAUGUUCUUUGUGAAAGUGAUUAGUAACUCUGUAGAUGAGGCAUUUUAUGCUAGGCUUGUUCUUCCCUCAUUCAAAGGUAUGUGUGCUUGAGGAAGACUGGUUAGAAGAGCAGUGCCUCCUGAAUUUAACAGCUAUAAUUUGAAGAUACUUGUGUGAUGGCAUUAGGGGACUGGUCAGUUUAUAAUCAUUUGGGGUUGCUAGUGGUACAGGGUUAGAUAGGUGAAAGGAGGUACUGUUAAGGAAAAGCAAAAAACAAGGUAACAGCAAACACUAUUUAAUAUCUACUUUUGAGUUCCAUCCCAUCCCUCCUGUUUAGUAUAUAAUGAAAAUGCUGUAAUCUUUCUCUGCCCUCCGUCUGCUGCACAGUUGUAGUUGUACAAAAGGAAAAGUCAACAUUUGGAAUGAAGAAUUAGAGAUUGUUCUAAGAAUCCGGACAUUGCAAGUAUUCCAGUUCUGGGGUUCAUCUAGAAUGAUUCUUUAAUCAGCCAUUAGAAACUCAACAUUCGUUUAGAAGCUACAAUUCUGCAGCUCAGUUAUUAUGAUUUAUUUCUUAAUUUCACUUUAUGUGCUUCUUUAGUAGAUACCUGUAGGAAGCAUCUUUUUUGUUAGGUGGAAAUGAACUUAGUGAAAAUACUGUUAGAGUUGAUUUUAUGUGUGUUUUAAUGUUGCUCCUGCCAGACCUUCUGAAUUAAGGCUUUGGUUUGUAAAGCUUGGAUCGGGACAGUUUGGAGCGGGAAGGAACUUUUGAACUGGCUUAUCCCAUUAUAGGGGUUUGUCAGAUUGUGUCUGGGGAAAGCUGCUUAAUUCAGGAUGGAUAGAAUGACAGAAGAUGCUCUUCGCCUAAAUCUGUUGAAACGGAGCUUGGACCCAGCAGAUGAGCACGAUGAUGUCCUGGCAAAGAGACUCAAGAUGGAAGGGCAUGAGGCCAUGGAGCGUCUGAAAAUGUUGGCACUGCUCAAAAGGAAGGAUUUGGCAAAUCUUGAAGUGCCACAUGAGUUACCCACCAAGCAGGACGGCAGCGGUGUCAAGGGCUAUGAAGAGAAGCUCAAUGGUAACCUCAGGCCUCAUGGAGACAGCAGGACUGCUGGAAGGCCAGGGAAAGAAAACAUCAGUGAUGAGCCUGUGGACAUGAGUGCUAGACGGAGUGAGCCUGAUCGAGGAAGGCUAACUCCCUCUCCAGAUAUCAUUGUUUUGUCUGACAAUGAGGCUUCCAGUCCUCGUUCUAGCUCUCGAAUGGAAGAAAGACUUAAAGCAGCCAACCUGGAGAUGUUUAAGGGGAAAGGCAUUGAGGAACGGCAGCAGCUCAUCAAGCAGCUGAGGGAUGAGCUACGACUGGAGGAAGCCAGACUCGUGCUGUUGAAGAAGCUGAGACAGAGUCAGCUGCAGAAGGAGAAUGUAGUACAAAAGACUCCAGUUGUACAGAAUGCAGCAUCUAUUGUUCAGCCAUCUCCUGCCCAUGUGGGACAGCAGGGCUUAUCCAAGCUUCCCUCCCGGCCCGGGGCCCAAGGGGUUGAACCUCAAAAUUUGAGAACAUUACAGGGUCACAGUGUCAUCCGUUCAGCGACCAAUACCACUCUCCCACACAUGUUGAUGUCUCAGCGUGUUAUUGCACCAAACCCAGCGCAGCUGCAGGGUCAGCGGGGCCCACCUAAGCCUGGCCUUGUACGCACCACCACACCCAACAUGAAUCCUGCCAUCAAUUACCAACCACAGUCAAGUUCUUCUGUUCCCUGUCAGCGCACAACAUCCUCUGCCAUCUACAUGAACCUUGCUUCCCAUAUUCAGCCAGGGACUGUGAACAGAGUGUCCUCACCACUUCCUAGCCCCAGCGCCAUGACUGAUGCUGCCAACUCACAGGCUGCAGCCAAACUGGCUCUUCGCAAACAGCUGGAAAAGACCCUCCUGGAGAUCCCACCCCCAAAACCUCCUGCUCCCCUGCUUCACUUCCUGCCUAGCGCAGCCAAUAGUGAGUUCAUCUACAUGGUAGGCUUGGAAGAAGUCGUACAGAGUGUCAUUGAUAGCCAAGGCAAGAGUUGUGCCUCACUUCUGCGGGUUGAACCUUUUGUGUGUGCCCAGUGCCGCACAGAUUUCACCCCUCACUGGAAGCAAGAAAAGAAUGGUAAGAUUCUAUGUGAGCAGUGUAUGACCUCAAACCAGAAGAAGGCCCUAAAAGCUGAACACACCAACCGACUGAAAAAUGCUUUCGUGAAAGCCCUCCAGCAGGAACAGGAAAUUGAACAGCGAUUACAGCAGCAGGCAGCCCUCUCCCCCACUACGGCUCCAGCUGUGUCCAGCGUCAGUAAACAAGAGACUAUCAUGAGACAUCAUACACUUCGACAGGCUCCACAGCCCCAGAGCAGCCUCCAGCGUGGUAUUCCCACAUCUGCUCGCUCCAUGCUUUCAAAUUUUGCACAGGCACCCCAAUUGUCUGUGCCAGGUGGCCUCCUUGGUAUGCCAGGUGUCAACAUAGCAUAUUUGAACACUGGCAUCGGAGGACAUAAAGCCCCCAGUUUGGCAGACCGGCAGCGUGAAUACCUUUUAGACAUGAUCCCUCCCCGGUCUAUAUCGCAGUCCAUCAGUGGACAGAAAUAACGCCUGUUCCAUUUGCCCUGCCCCAACCUUGAAUCCUUUGCCCCUUUCCUCCCCCAUGCCCCCAACUUCCGUCGCAUGCAGUGCCUGUACUGGUGCCUACCAUACACGGAAAGCAGAACAGAAGGCAAAAAAUAGAAAUCAGCAACACACGCCCUGCCCGCCAACUCCCCUGCACUUCACACUGCUGCGAUCUGUUCUGCCACUCUGUCUUCUCGCUCUGGUUUUCUUUAACAGUGAGAUGGAUCUUUGCCUCUACUAGAGGUCAGAAUGAGGUCCUGGGGAGAAUCCAAGCCCUCUGACAUGUGGUUCUGAAGUUUAUUUUAUGCUAUAAUUAUUAUCAUUUUUUAAUGAUGUUGUGUGUCUUCCCUUUGUUCAGUGAACGGUUAAACCCUCUUCCCUCAAUCUUUUUCUUUUCUUUCUGCAUGCCUGUCUUUGGUUUUUUGUUUUGUUUUCAAUCUUUUUAUCUUUUGGUGAACACAGAUAACAUUCAGUGAGAAUGAUAGGAACAUUGCGAAGUGCAGCGAGGUCCCCAGCUGCCAAGCAGAUUAUUAGUGGGAGUGGUAGAAGCAGAAGUUUUGAAUGCACUUAACUGGAGUUGGGGCAGAGGUGGCAUCAAACAAGAAGGCCCAGCUGUGGGUUUCUUGGGGCUGGACUGUUUGGGAGGCAGUGUUUAUUACUGAAGUUGGGCUCUAGGAAUGAGGGGCAAGAGCCUGGAAGGAGAAGCUUUAAAACUCCACCACCUUGGAAUUUACCCAUGGAGGAUGGGGAGAAGGAGGUAUAACGAUAAGCGUAGUGAUGAGCCAAGGAGAAGCGAGACCUUGUCCUUGCCUUCUGGACCCCAGGGGUCUGAUAAGGGUGGUCUCCUUGACUCCACUGGGACACAGAAGUUAUUCCAGGCCAACUAGCCCAAAAUGAUUGCAUCUUAUUUUCUUUGUAAAAUUCUUUCCCACCCCACCCGCUUUUUAAAAAUCCUGAUCUUCCCCUAUGACCACAGUUCUAUCUAUAAUAUAGAGGAAUGGCUGUUCCUGGGUUGAUUUUGCUGGGUGUCCUAGAAGUUGGAAUGGGUAUGAGUCAGGUGACGGAGGGAGAACAUAGAUGAAAAAGAGAUUUUUCUCAGCAGUUCUGAGUCCUAGAUUUGCCUCUCCCUUCACUUUCCAAGUGCCAGGAGGUGAGGAUGAGGGCACCUGAGGAGGUGAGAGAACUGCCCUGCCUGCAGAGCCCGCUGCUCGUGUCCAAACCAACUCUGGAUCUUUGCUAUAGUGGUCGUGUGUCCCCCCCCCCCCCCAGGAUUCUGUUGAUUUUGCUUCAUUUUAUAUUAAUUUUUUUCUUAAGCGCUACUAAUUUAGAGAAUGAAUUGAAUUGUGCAAUGUUGCUAUUCUGGUGAUUGGGGAGAUUAACAUCCCAUUUGCCCACGCUGUGGGAGAGGUUGGUGGGGAUGGGGCGGUGUCUGAGGUGAGGGAAAGCCCUCAGAGGAUGGGCGUCUGCUCUCCUCAGGGUGUACCCCACCAGACCCUCCCGCUCCAGAGCUGCCAGAGGCUGCUGGGGGAUACUCUUAGCAGAGAGGGCUGUGGAGAAUUUUAAUGUUUUGCCCUUUAAAGCCACCUGAGAAAGUUCCCUCAUUUUUAUUUUUAAAAAUUAAAUAAUUUUUUUAAAGUAAGAAGGCACUUUUAAAAUUAACACACACCCAAACUGCACAUCUUCCCCAUAAAAUUUGGGGUGGGGUGGGAGAAGGAGCUGAAAUCGGGUUCAGUUUCCCACUUUGGCCUCUGCUCUCUGCACCCCAGUGCCACUGUGGGUGAUUAUACUGGCCCUACGGGCCUUCCUGGCUUUUUUUCUUUCUUCCUUUCCCCCAAAUUCAUGGAGCACUUAAUUAAGGAGCAGAGAUGCAGCUAGUGUCUGUGCUCCCCACGAGUGAAACGAUCUGGACGCGAGACACUAGGAACAGGUAGUGAUCGGGUCGUUUUCAAGUAUUUUUCUGGGGAAUGUGGUACCCCUGACUGUACGUGAUGGGAGAGGGAGGGGGGUUAAUGGAACUGGGUCUGGGGUUAUUUUAAAAUUAUAUAUAUAUAUAUAAAGAUAUAUUCUUACAUCUUUUCUUUGCCCUCUGUGCUUUGAAAGCACUGGAUAAAAGCAUUUGGUUUUGCUUUUCUCUCUUCCACAAAAUUGGAAGCGUGUGGGGUUUUUGUGUGCGUGUGUAUGUGGGUUUUUUUUUUUUUUUUUUUUUUAUGUUUUCUUAUGUCAUCUUGCCUUUGGGCAUGUCUGUCUAGCCUCUCCCCCAUGAUGAAGUGCCAUUUCUGUUACAUCUCCCUCUCCCCAGCUCAGAGGUGCUCAGCGGUACAAGGUACCCAAGUUUGUCAGUUGAGAUUAAAAGUAAGGAACAGAGAAUGUGCAAUACCGUCUGGCUGGGGCUGUCCCUGCCCUGAGCUGAGUCCCCGCCCUGGGAGCCAGGCCACUUUGGAAUGGGGUUUGGAAGAACGGUGUGUGGAGAUGGGGAGAGAGGGGAAGGAAAGCCCGAUGUCGAGCACCUGCUUGGGUGCUGAGGCCAUAAUAGGGCAGAGGGUGGACCCUUCCCUGGUUUGAAUCCCCUCAGGGUCAGUUACACAAAAGCUGCUUGUUGAAUAGUAUAGCUCUGUGACCCUUUACUCAGUUGCUGAGGUUUGAUUUCUUCUCCUUUCUUCUCCCAGUUUUCAUGCCCUUCCCGGGGAUAGUGAUGGGGGUGAGGUCUUAAUCAUGGUCAAGUAUUAGCCUUCCACCUCCUCUCCUCCCUCCAUGUCCUUGUCCGUCCGUCUUCCUCAAUUCUCUACUUCAUCACUGAUUACCCUGUCUCCCUCCAAGUCUCAUUGGUAUCCGUCCCUGGGCCUUGGGCCCUGUGGACAGUAAGCCUCAUGCCCUUAGGACAGAAGAACAGAUCCUCUGGUCAGAGUCAUUCCUUACCUUGAGCUCCACAUGAAGCUCAGAGUAUUGGCAGAGUGCGGAUCCCAGGGACUCGGCCUGGCUCCCUCCAGCUCCAGGCACUAACGGUGUCUUGCUCCCUAGAAACCUGGUACAGAGCAGAUUGCUAUGUGGCUUGGGUAAGGCUGGGAGGCAGAGGUCCAUAUUUGUCAUUUUUAUUUUGUCAUUUGACCACAGCAUCUGGAUUCCCUUCAUCCCUGGAAUAAGUAUUUUCCUACAUUUUUGGAUAUAUGUAUGGUAGACAAUUUUUUUUUAAGACACAGAGAUAAAUGUUUUCCUGCUUUGGUUACCUUUCCUUUCCCCUUUAAAAGGAAUUAGCUAUAGAACUGCUUUGUAAAGAUGCUUCUUGAUAUUUUACUUUUGUUCCUUUUCCCUAACCAUUCCCUUUUCUCCCCGAUCCUCCAGAAGGCAUAACCCUUCUCUCCAUACACCCCACCCCCACCCCAGUCCUAGGCUCCAUUCCCUUCCAUCAAGACCUUCAUUAGCUUAUGAUAUUUGCUGCCGAGAUGUUAUAACAAGGACUCAUUCGUGUAUAUAAGCUAUUUCUUGAUCCAUUUAAAAGGAAUUGUACAUUGUGUAGAAAAAAAAAAAAAACCUGAAAAAGAGAAAAAAAAGCCCUA